AGGCCGGACAUUUUGAAGCUGGACGAAUUCGAAGAUCAGAACUUGUGAAAUAAUGGAUCGAACUAAAAAGAGCAUUCUCCAAAACAUCCACGAAGAGAUGGUCAAAGGCACGUUCAAUGACCUUGACAUUGUCUGUGAGAAUGGUACAACAAGCGCAAACCGUUUGGUCCUGGCCGCGAUGUCAUCUUACUUUCGUGCAAUGCUGACAUCAGACAUGACAGAGAGUCGAACGGGCGUCUUAAAUCUGUCCACUGUCUCGGUGUCGGUGUUCCAGGAUAUUCUCAAGAUGUCUUUGUGUCCAGUGGAUCUUGUAAACGAAGAUAACUGCGUCAAAAUGUUAGACGCAGCCGAAAUGAUGCAGCUUGAUGACGUCAAAGAUCUGUGCCAUCGUUAUCUUAAGGAAGGUCUCGUGCUUAAUACCGAUAACUGUCUACACUGGUGGAGACUUAUGAAUCACUACAAUGUUCCCGAUUUGUCCAAUAGGGCAUUCUCUUAUCUGACAGAAAACUUGACCGACUUUGUUGAAACAGAAAAUAUUGUUCAUAUGUCAAAGACAGAACUCUUAGAAAUAUUGUCUAAAGAUGACUUGAAAUGCAACGAAGAUGUAAUUAUGAAAGGUAUCAUGAAGUGGCUUGAAAGAAAUAACCCAGAUGCAAAUGACGUAAAACGUAUCUUUGAAAUGAUCAGAAUUGAUCUUGUUGAUCCAAAAUUCCUGAUUGCGAAUGUGGUAUUUUCUCAUUUAAUUUCAGGAAAUAACUCAGUUCAGCAAAUUAUUAAAGAUGUGUUGCUUUUAAAAGUUUUCACAUGUUCUACCAGCAGAUUUCAUAGUGGCCGUGAAGAUGUUCUCGUGCUACAUUGGAACACAACUUCACUUCUGUCUUGUUUUACAUCAGAAGGGACAUGGGAAGACGUUCCGCCUGCUCCAGUAGACCCUGGAUGGUGGUAUUCAGCAGCAAGUCUGGGUAACAAGAUCUGCAUCACUGGUGGUAAGAAUAGAGUAAAAUGUACACUCGUUUACGACGUCUGUAGAAGAGAGUGGGAAACAGGUCCGGAUCUCGAAGAACAACGCUAUGAUCACUGCAUGGCCACAGCUAAUUCUAAAGUGUAUGCAAUUGGUGGUGAGUACAGCAACACAAUUGAAGAGAUGAGCGAGAGUGCAACACGCUGGCAGGUUGUUGGAGAUUUGAAACAGAGCAGACAGGAUGCAUUCGCUGUUACAGUUGGACACAACAUUCUGGUGAUGGGUGGACGGAGUAGAGGACGUGGAUCAGAUGUUAUCCAGUGUUUCAAUACAGCGACUCGCUGUGUGUCUAACCUCAGCUCACAUUUACCAUACAGCUCGGUGUGUCUGAGAGGUUCGGUUCACCUCCCUGAUGUAUAUCUGCUGGACUAUGAUGGAAAUGUGAUGCACGUCCAGGUCACUGACAGUGAUGGUGAAAUCAAGAUACAAGUCAAGUCAACAGCGAAAUGGCGAUCAUUUAAAUAUUACUUUGGCAUAGUAUGGCAGAACGGAAGCUUGCUGUCCUUCAGUGGCUUCAACACUAACUGUGAAAUUAGAAAAUACAACCUGGCUGAAGGGAAAGAGGACAAUAUUACUUUUAUGAAAUCAACGAGAAGUGGUUAUGUGUUUGGAGUUCUGCCAGUGUCUUAUGAAGCAUAACAGAUUUUGGGUUGAAUUUAUUCUGGGGCAUAACAUUGUUUGUGUAUUUAAUCUCACUGAUCAAGUGGGUCUCUUCCUAUUAGGGUCUUAGGCUUUAAAUUCUGCGUAAAACAUUACUAGCAGUUUGAUGAAUUUGGUCACAAAACCUGUAGAGAAACUAAAAUUUGAUUUAACAAAAAAACACAAAAAAACAACAACAUAAUAAUAAUAAAAAAUAAAAAAUAAAAAUGCACCAAGUUUAAAACGCCAUAAAUAUAUGUAUUCAAUUGUUUCUCGAAUUAUCUUUUUGAUCGAUUAAUUAAAUAUAUUCGCUGAAAUCUAUUUUAAUUGGUAUAUUUGGCGAUUUUGAUAACAAAGCCUAAAAACGGGGUCGGGCACCAGUUCACCUAUUUUGGUAUGUGACUGGAUUAUGGCUACGAAGCUAUAAACCGGGGGACAAGGUUUUAUUUUGUUUGGCUAGUUCUAGAUGUUUAAAGCUUCUGUUAUAACAAUGUUUUCUAUUGCAAAAGACAAACAUAACGACACUUUUAAUAAACUCGACCUGGCGUGCGUCUUCACAAUAAACGUAUAUUGUGAAAAACGUCUUGUCAUUGUAAAGACGAUAAUAACGCAAAGGUGUCUUGUCAAUUAUUUCCCUUUAUUGGAUUGGAUCCAUCUCAAAGAGAAAAAGAAGAAAAACAAUCGUACUGUACGGAGAACUUUCAUUUAAGACUGACUGUUUGCAACACAGUGCCUUCGUGCAUACACACAGGUGUCAAUUCAGUGUUUUACUUGUGUGUAUAAUCAAAUAAUUAAUGUACGUAAUCAAAUAAUGUGUUUCUGGUUCUGUGUGUAACAUAUUGACCAAGUGCUUAUUUCUGUGAAAGAUUUUCUUGUUGGUAUGUGUUCCCCUUUAUAAUUUUAAAAUUAACAGUAACAAUAAACAUUAUGGUUUGCAUGGAAGGGGAGCGAGCGAUGUGAUAAGGCGUGUCACUGGUAUGGACCACAAUAAAGUAAAGUAAAAAUUUGUUUAACUACACCAUUAGAGCACAUUGAUAUAUUAAUUAUCGGCUAUUGAAUGUCAAACAUUUGGUAAUUAAUGCAGCGAGGGAUCUUUUAUGUGCAUUUUCCCACAGACAGGAAAGAACAUACCACAAACUUUGACCAGUUGUGGUGCACUGGUUGGAACGAGAACAAAUCCAAUCAUUUGAAUGGAUCCAUUGAGUUGGUUCGAUCCUGCAGCGCAAGGACCUCGAGCGAACACUUAACGGUCUGAUCUAAAUCCCGCUACUCGAAUCACAAUAGGGAGAUAAGCUCUAAAUAGUUAAAUAUUAAAAAUUGGCAAUAAUGAAAUAAAUCGUGGAGAGAGAGAGAGAGAGAGAGAGAGAGAGAGAGAGAGAGAGAGAGAGAGAGAGAGAGAGAGAGAGAGAG